GAGACCCUUCUAUCUUCCUGUUCAGUCCAGCCUUUCUUCUUUUCUCGUUUGGGUCUGACGAAUCUCUUUUUCUUCACUUCUUCGUUUUUUCUCGGUAUGUCGUUUCAAGCGUAAGAGUAUGUAUGAUGCUCUGUGUUUUUCUUCUAUUAUUCUCGACUCUCGUUAAUGUCCGAUUACACUUGAUGGACAAGCAUUUCGUUCUCUGCAUUCGUUCUGAGCCCUUCCUUGAUAUCUUUAUCUUUUCCCAUAUCUUUUGUUAUGGAUCACUUGUCCACUUACCUACAUUAUGGACCGCCAUGGCAUGGAUUUAACUUGGCCUUGUCAGAUGUAUCCUGGUGGGAUCAUUCUU